GAGCGCCUGUGUUUCCUUGCAGUAACGAGAAGGACCGGGCGAAAGCCCCCGUGAAGAAGAAAGACGACCCGAGUGCCAUCAAGGAGCGGGAGGUCCCCCAGCAUCCCUCUUGUUUGUUCUUCCAGUAUAACACACAGUUGGGCCCCCCUUAUCACAUCCUGGUUGACACUAACUUCAUCAACUUCUCCAUCAAGGCCAAGCUGGACCUAGUGCAGUCAAUGAUGGACUGUCUCUAUGCCAAGUGUAUUCCAUGUAUCACAGAUUGUGUAAUGGGUGAAAUUGAGAAGUUAGGACAGAAGUACCGUGUGGCAUUAAGAAUUGCCAAGGACCCUCGGUUUGAACGCUUGCCAUGUAUGCACAAGGGAACCUACGCAGAUGACUGCCUGGUACAGAGGGUCACUCAGCACAAAUGUUACAUUGUGGCCACAGUGGAUAAAGAGCUCAAGCGGAGAAUACGAAAAAUCCCAGGAGUGCCUAUAAUGUAUAUUUCCAGGCACAGAUACAAUAUUGAAAGGAUGCCAGAUGAUUACGGAGCUCCUCGAUUCUAAUGUGUCCAGCCAAGCCAUCGAUGCCAGGACUCUGAGCCAGGAUAAGGGUCUUUCUGGUUCCAACUCUCCUGCUUUCUUUUUUGCUGGGACUCUGGUCACAGGACUGUGGGUGACAUUGGACUGACUUCAUAGCCUUGAUCUUCUAUGAAAAAGCUGCUUGGAAGAGUCUGGUUUUAUUCAUCCUUGUUCUGACUUGGCCUGAUUACCUAUAGCGGGGAGAAGCAUAUGAGAAAGAGA